CACCUGUGCCAGUCUCUUCCGCCUACCCGCCAAAGGAUAAAAAGUAUAGCGCAUAAAAACAUGCCAAGCUUGCUCGGAUUCAGAGCUUCACAGUUCGUACUCAAAUCCUUUUCGUCUUCCUUCUCUCGUAAUCUUUCCUCACUCAGUCUCUGCCAGAUCAUUUCCAUAUCCCAGCGAACCUUGGCGGUCAUGGCCGGUGCUGAUGAGUUUGUUAAGGGCAGUGUUCAUCCGAAUGGCGUCGCGGUUAUCACUCUCGAUCGUCCCAAAGCUCUCAAUGCCAUGAACUUAGAUAUGGAUAUACAAUACAAAAGGUAUCUUGACGAAUGGGAGGAAGAUCCAAGGGUCAAAUGUGUCCUUGUCGAGGGCAGCUCAUCUCGUGCCUUUUGUGCAGGAAUGGAUAUUAAAGGCGUUGUAGCUGAAAUUCAAAAGGACAAAAACACUCCUCUUGUGCAGAAGGUAUUUACAGCAGAGUAUUCUUUAAUAUGCAAAAUUGCUGAUUACAAGAAGCCUUACUUGUCCUUCAUGGAUGGCAUAACGAUGGGCUUUGGGAUUGGCUUAUCAGGUCAUGGCCGUUACAGAAUCGUUACAGAGAGGACUCUUCUUGCCAUGCCAGAAAAUGGAAUUGGUUUGUUCCCAGAUGUUGGAUUUUCAUACAUUGCAGCUCAAGGUCCAGGAGAAGGAUCAGUUGGGGCAUACCUUGGACUGACUGGUAAAAGAAUUUCAACGCCAUCUGAUGCACUAUAUGUUGGUCUCGGAACGCAUUACGUCCCGUCCGGGAACUUGGGCUCGCUGAAAGAAGGACUCUUGACUUCCAACUUUUCCGAGGAUCCCCAUCAGGAUAUAAAAACACUCCUGGCAAAAUACAGUAGCGAUCCUGAGUCUCUACCAAGUUUGAAGUCAUUUUUACCUCAGAUAACUUCAUCUUUUGGCGCUGACAAGUCUGUUAAGGAGACGGUUGAAGAACUAAAGAAACACCAACUUGAUUCAGAUUCUUCAGUGGCGGAGUGGGCUAAAGAGUCUCUUCAAGGAAUCGGAAAAGGCGCUCCCUUUUCAUUGGCAUUGACACAAAAGUAUUUCUCCAAAGUUGCUGCUGCAGUUGGAAGUAGUAACCACGAAUUAUCCACGCUCAAUGGUGUUAUGAGAACUGAAUAUCGUAUCGCCUUAAGAUCUUCCCUGCGUGGCGAUUUCGCUGAAGGAGUUCGCGCAGUUUUGGUGGACAAGGAUCAGAAUCCCAAGUGGAAUCCAUCAGCCUUGGAAGAUGUUGAUGCAAAAGAAGUAGACUCCCUCUUCGAACCUGUAAGUCCAAUGGCUGAAUUAGAAGUCUGAAUUACAAAAAUGACAUCAGAAGAUGCUUAAAACUGCAGGGAGCAACAAAAAAUUACUGGAGAAAUUGUAAACUUUGGUAAAUAUUUGAACUCUUCCUCGAAUACGAAUAAGGUCCCAAGACUGCCCUUUGAAUGUUUAUACUUUCUUUUAUGGAAUCAAAUUA